CUUCAUUCUAGUUACCUGUAGAUGAGCUGCCCAGGAAGAAACAGUGAAUCUAACCAAGACUGCAAUUUCAGCAGUGAUGGGGAGCUUCUCAAAUGGGCCUUUUGUUGUGCUCUGUUUACUGAUUGCAGUAUCUGCUACGAAAUAUUCAACUGAAGAAAAAUUGAAGUAUAAAUUUUGCAAAUUUUAUGCGGAGAUUGGGCAAUUUACAGGAAUGCUGAAGCCUAUGACAUUCUGGCGUGUGGACUGUCAUGAUCAAGAUUAUUUUUCCCUUGGAGACAUAGUUGUACAAGGUAAACGUAAACCUCAUAAUAGGGCUGUAAUAGUGAAGGAUGAGAAUAAUGGUCUUCUUGGACAUCCUAAAGGUUUGAGAGAAAUCUGGAGAAAUUCAGGCAAUAACAAUUUUACAGUUUUUGAGAUGGAUUGUGAACAUGGGUUCAAAGCCUUAGGAAAUGUGGUUGUUAAAGGCUCUAGCCGGUCUCCUGAUCUGCCUAGCUACAGAUGCAUCAAUGAAACUAUAUUGGUAAGAGGAAAACUUCGUAUAAUCUGGGAAAAUAUUUAUCACGUAAAUCGUACAAAUAUUGGAGUUUGGGAAGUUGCAAGAGAUCCUUAUGUAGCACCAGAUAGCAUACCUGUGUGGACUUUUGUAUUUGGGAACAAGCGCAAUAUUCAUGCUAAAACUGUCUACGCUUUGAAUCAGAAUAAAGUGAUGAAUGAAAAUUAUGCAUCUAUCCUGUUGAUGAAAAAGAAUCACAAUGUAUCUACGGAACCAACAGGAAGCCCUUUAAUCACGGAAACUACGGAACCAACAGGAAGCCCUUUAAUCACACUUAUUCCUGCAUCCACUCUGAAUCCUAGACUCCACAUCUCUGAUCCAAGUACAUUUUGUAAUGACAAACCUGAUGGUAACUAUGCUUAUCCAGCAAAUCCACACAAAUAUUAUAAAUGCUCUAAUGGACAGACAGUAGUCAUGAACUGUCCAGGAGGCUUGGUCUGCAAUGUCAUCAAGGAUUGGCCAAGUGAUUUAAUUGUGGAUGAGUUUUGUAAAAACAGACUUAAUGGCAAUUACAGUUACCCACCAGAUCCACACAGGUACUAUGCUUGCUGCGAUGAGAACACUGAGCUCAAGGACUGUCCACCAAGCCAGCUUUUUAUUAAUUUUGAACGCCAAUGUAGUUGGCCACGCAGAUUUUUCUAAAAAGAAAUAUAUGGUGGCAAUCGUUCCUAGUUACAAUUAACCUAAAAAUUGUAUUUGCUUAAUGGAUUCAUGAUUUGUUCAAAAAUUCUUUAUAAUGUGAUCACUGACAACUGCAUACAGCCAAGAGCUAUUCCUUUUAAUAUCUGGAAUAUAAAGUAGCAAGCAAUUAUGCUUAUUUAGAUAUAUGCUAUAUAAAUGCUACAGAUGUGUUAGAAAAGGCAUACAUCUUGCAUUAGUAGCUGAAGUGAUAAAAUUGCACUAAAUCAUUAUUAAAAUACAGAAAAGCAGACUCAUUUGUAGAUUUUGUACCAAUAUCACUACUAUUACUACUACAGCAUGUAAGUUUUCCAAGCAGCUUUAUGAACAUUCAUUAGAAAUAUACUGAAACAACUGAUGAACAUUAUGGAUUUUCCAAAGGAGAAUCCAAAGUAGGGUCCACAUUUUGUAAAACCACCAAAAAUAUUUGAAAGGGAUAAAAGAUUUUAGGCAGACCAAUAUAUUAAACCAGGGGUAGUCAACCUUUUUAUACCUACCACCCACUUCUGUAUCUCUGUUAGUAGUAAAAUUUUCUAACUGCCCAUCGGUUCCACAGUAAUGCGCCAUGUAUCGUCAUCUGUGCAUGCCUCUCGCACAUUGUGGAUUGGGUUGGAAGGGGGGCGCCGGCUACCAGCUCUGCUUGUUUGUUACAGCUGGGUGGUGUGUGGGGAGAUGCACGAGCUAUUCUGGGACGAGGCUCUUUUGUUUGCGGUUGCACUAUAGCACUAUUAAGUUUCACUUACGUAAUGUGAACUAAACUUAUGUGCAGACGAUACAAAUAGUAUAUUUUCAGAAUUUUAUGAAAACCUAAUGAAAAUGUUUUUAAAUAAUGCUAUGAAAUUUUUUUAAAAAGUCAAUUAAAUUUAAAAAAAAAGAAAGUGCUUCAGUAUCGGACAAAACCCUACCGCCCACCAUGAAAGCUGGAACGCUCACUAGUGGGCGGUAGGGACCAGGUUGACUACCACUGUAUUAAACUAUUUAUCCACAUAAAUGCUACAAAUGCAUUGGAGCAGAAGUGGGCAAUUAACUUUCCCAAGGGAAAGUUAAUUUUAUGCAGACUUUAUGCCCAAAUCUACAUAAAAUGCCCAAGUCUGCAUUGGAGGAACACACAUGUAACAGUAACAAAAGUUGGAUGGGACCUUGGAGGUUAUCUAGUCCAACUUCCUGCUCUCACAGGAGACCUAUACUAUUUCUGAUAAAUGGCUGUCCAGUCUCUUCUUAAAAGCCUCCAGUAAUGGAGCAUGUAUAAAGUUGCAAGAUUUUGAAAUACUUCAAUAACUUUGCAAGGCUUUCUAUACUUGUUGCUAGUACUGAUGAAUCUUCAAAGUAAGUGCAAAAACAUAAUUAACUCUCAUGUCUGUUGAUAACUUCAUAUUCUUUAAAUAUAGCAGUGACAGCUAUUUUUUAAUAUUGGUACUGUACCAUGAUACUGUUCUUAGUUUGGAAGUAAGGGAAAGCAAUCACUGUUUAGCUUUAUACCAGAUAUGAUGAUUAGACUCUUCAUAUUCCAAAGCAAUCUCAUGAAAGUUAUAUAGGUAAAUUUACUGCAGAAAAUUAGGAAGCCAUACACACAAGAAAUUCUCUAACAAGACCUUGAAUUCUGACUCUCUCUUCCCAUCUUUUCAACUCAAUAAUCAUGUGGCUGCUGAUUUCUUGCUCCUGAAAAUUCCUGCAUCUUCCCCUUGUUUAUAAAACAGCUUUCUUUGACAUGAGAGUAUGCA